UUUUGCUUCGCUGAGCGUCUCGUCUCUCCAACACCCCAGCCCAGCCCAGCCCACCUCCCCGCAUCUCCCCAGCACCAUCAUCUUAAAGCAGCGUCGCCAGCUAGUGGCGCACAUUUUCCAUGCGCGUAGAAAAGUGCGAGGCGCGCACAUCAGCACCGCACAGCACCGCAUGAGCCGCGCACAGGUGUUGAACGAGCAAUGUCGACGCUGCUGGAGCUAAAGAGCAGUGUGCUGAGGCAGGUGCAGAGGAGCCAGUCCCUGAGGAGCAGGAGGGAGCCUCCGCCUGCCACCGCGAGCCCGCCGACACUCCCACACAAAUCUGACAGGGUCGCCUUCGGGGUUGCCAAGGGAAAUGGGGAGUUCUUUGAGCGAAUGAAUAAAAUUGUCCAGAAGCAAGACAGUCUCUUGGCUUCCACUCAACUCGAGGAGGAGAUUAUUGCGGGUCCACCGCCGCCAGAGUGUACGGACCAGCUGCUUGUUCCUGAGAAAACCACUAGGAAUGAACUUGAUUUACUGUACGAGGAGGCGGUCUACACUGUGGUUAAUCGGGUCGGGGUGCCAUCACCCGAAUAUGUGACCAAUGAAGAAGACUUGUUCACCUACCUACAGAAGGUGUUUGGUAUGAGCCAAGAGGAGCACGAAAUCAUUCUCCAGAGAGUGAGAGAGUCUAAGAGACCAGGCUUUUCUCUAAGGGUCUCUGUCAUGAAAGGCAAGAAUCUCAUGGCGAAAGAUGCCAACGGUUACAGUGACCCCUAUUGCAUGCUGGGUAUUCUCGUGGGACAAAGCCCACGGGAGACUGAGGAGAGAAAAGAGAGGAAGUUCAGCUUCCGUAAGAGGAAGGAGAAGUUAGAGAAGCGUUCCAGCGUCAAGGAAGUGCUGGCUGCAAGAGACAUCCAAGUGACUGAAGUGAAACCUGAGACUCUCAACCCUGUGUGGAACGAACAUUUUGUUUUCGACAUUGAUGAUGUCCAGAAUGAUCUUCUGCAUCUGGAUAUAUGGGAUCACGACGAUGACGUGUCUGUGGCUGAAGCGUGCCGUAAGCUGAACGAGAUCAGUGGGUUCAGAGGAAUGGGCAGGUACUUCAAGCAAAUUGCCAAAUCUGUGAGGGCCAACGGAGCGUCAGCGUCAGGAAGUGAAGAGAAUGCCGAUGACUUUCUUGGUUGCCUGAACAUCCCGUUAAGUGAGAUCCCGGUUAUUGGCUAUGAUAAGUGGUUCAAGCUAGAGCCACGGUCUAGUGCAUCUAAAGUGCAGGGAGAAUGCCACCUCAUUUUAAGACUCUUCACCAACCAGAGGGACACUGCUUUGAGCAAAGUGGUCUCAAAUGUGAUCAUUCAUCAGAAGAUGUUAAAUCAGAUUCUGGAGUAUGAGCACAAGCAAGUUCAGAAAGAACCCUAUAACUGGAAUGGACAGGUGUGCCCAGCAGCAUGGACUGUGCUCUCCCAUCAUGCUGUGCAGGCCGAUCUUACUCCACUGCAACAGGCUGUCAUUCGCUGGCACUGCUACAGUAGCCAUCAUCGCUCGCAGAGGAUGUGUUACGCACUACUGCUCAGGCUGCUGAGGGCUGUGGAGGCCGAGUGGGAGGCUGGAGAUGUGAAUAAGGAGCUGGAGAACCUCCUCGCUGAGAGCUUUAAACUCUACUGUGAUUACUGCCUGUCUCUUAUGAAGAGCAUGAGGCAUGUGUUCCCAUGCACCAACCCUGCCGCCAUCACGCGAUGUGAGAUAAUGCUGAGGACUGUCGGACAGAUGCAGCUGAUGCAAGCAUUCAAGGCAGUUUGUCCUAACCGCAAUGAGCUGCACCUGGAAAUAGCAACUGUCAUAAAGAAAGGCACAGUUGAAUGGUACGAGGCCACAAUUUCACACUUUAAACCAGAUGAAGGGACUGUGGAAGAGCAGCUGAAGAGACUGGUUCUGGUGGUGGAUGCGGUGUGUGUUGAUGUACAACGAGGGCAGAAUGUCUACAACAAGCUCUUUCAUAACUCAGUGAAGGUGGACUUCUUCAGCAUCUCCUAUCGGCAGUUAGAGAAGCUGGUGGCUGAUGACGUGAGUGUUGCGAUGGAGCGUGUUUGCGGGACUUUGGAACAGGAGAAUUAUCGGCUCUCCCAGACAAUGGGGGAAACCUUGUUCGAGGUCUUCAUAUCUCUGAAGACCCUCAAACGAUUCAGGGAGUUCCUGCCUCUCAAAGAUACUAAGAUGCUGGCACUAACAGGUUUUCACAAUUGGUUCAAAUCCUCCAUUCAUAAAUGGCUGCAGAUUGUGCAUGAGAAAUCUACUGACAGGAUCCGCAAGGCUGUGGAGAUGGACCAGCUCGAGCCAAUCCAGCAGCAUGCCAAGCACAGUGUGUCGGCAGUGGACGUCACCACAUGCUUCAGCCAGGUGCAAGAGUUCUGGACCCAGCUGGCUUGGCCUGACUCAGCAGGGGCAUUCAUCUUCAUCACUCGCUUGACUGAUAAUUUGUGCAGUGAGGCGGUGUGCUAUGCAGAGCUCCUGAAGCGCAAAAUUGAGAGGAACCAGCUGGGUCAGGACCACCGGACCUUCAUCAUGCAGCUCUCUGUGGCACUUAACAACACAGAGCAUGUGCGCGCAUAUCUGUCCAGCUUGCCACGGGAGCUGGACUGGCGGGCUGUGGAGCAGGCUAUGGAGGAGUCAUGUGGUGCUGAAGGCAAGGAGCAAGUGAACAAAGCCCUAAAUGGCCAGCUAUAUAAUGCUGACCUGGAUCUGCAAAGGGAGGCUAAAAGGCUAAUCACACACCUCACUGAUAAGAUGCUUCCUGAGCUUAGGAGAUACAUUCAGCACAUCAGCCUCUCUCCAGACACCAUAAAUAAUGAUGAUGCUGUGUCUCCAUUGAUGAAAUUCCUAGAUUCCACCUUAGUCAUUCUCAGUGAUUCACUGGUGAAGGAGAACCUGGCAAGGGUUCUCUGGAGUCUCUGGGAGCUACUGCUGAGGAUGAUCCUGGACUCAGUGGCAGAAAACAGAGGUGUCCAAGUUGAGUUCUACACACGGUUCCAAUAUACUAUAGAGACCUUGGUGCGGUUCUUCCAUGCCAGUGGUGAUGGGCUGCUCUUGGAGGACCUCAAAUCUGGGGACUACAAGGUCCUGGAGGAAGAGCUGCGACUGAACAAGUGCACCUCCUUCGAGCUGAUCGAGCAGUACUUCCUGGAGAAGAUAUCCCAGCAGCGAAUCUUGAAGCACAGUCGAUUUGGACGCAUUAGUGUUAAAUGUUACUAUGAUGCUCCUGAACAAAGACUCACCGUGGAGAUACUGCAUGCAGCUGAUCUCAUUGCCCUGGAUGCCAAUGGUCUAAGUGAUCCCUUUGUCAUAGUGGAGCUCUGCCCUCACCACCUCUUCCCUAACUCCAGGAGUCAACGCACACAAGUGAAGCUCAAAACUCUGCACCCAGUUUUUGAUGAGCUCUUCUACUUUCAUGUAAGCCCUGAGCAGUACAGACACAGGUGUGCUUGCCUCACCUUCACUGUGAUGGAUUAUGACUGGCUAUCAACCAAUGAUUUUGCUGGGGAAGCGGUGGCCCCCCUGAGUGACUUCUGUUGGCCAGGCCGACCCAAUGCCACUGCUGCAGGGAAAACUCUGCAGCCUUUUAUCCUACAUCUGUCCCGUCAGAAACCAAGCGAGAAACCAAUCAUGAAGAUGCUAGAGGCAAGGACAGGAGACAGAGAAGCUCAAGAGUUUGUGCGAAGGCUGAAGGAGAUCGAGAAGUCAAUGGAGGAAGAGUAACUUUUCAUCAGUGGUUUACAAUAUUGCCAACUAUGUGCUUUUAUACCUGUUGUACUAUGUUUGCUAUUUAAAAAGAAACUCUUUUAAAUGUGUAUUUUUAACUGUUGUCUAAAAACAUAUAAGUGAGCUAUAUGAAAACAUGUUUAAAGAUCAGUAUUUUGUCGCUGUUCAGCACUCUGUGUGCUGUGUUUUAAUGUAUUUGGCUCACCAAAGGAGCUUGUGAGAAUUAUAUUAAUUUAACAAUAGUAUAUUUUUAAGUAUGUUUAGAUGGUAAGCUGUCAAAUUAGAUUUUAAAAGUUAUUUAAGGUAUAGUUUUCUGUGACUUGAAGUUUAAGAGAUAUUACAAUGUUUGGCUAAAAAUGGUUUACGAUUAACGCUCAAACGACAUAAAAAGAUUAUUCACUGUAAUGUGUUUAUGGUACUUUUAAGAUCACUGAGAGGGUCUCUGUUAUGAAUGAAAAACUCUUUGUGAGGAAAAUGCUUUCACAAAUCUGUCUAAAAACUGUGAACUGUGAACAUUUGUUCUGGACUCACACUGGACUAUGUUGACAAUUUUACUGUAGCAUUUUUGUGAGAUCUUGUCUUUCCGAAAGAAUGUUUAUUUAUGCUAAGUGGUUCUUCAGUGUACUGGUUUUAAUGUUCAGAUGGUUUUCUCAUCGUUUUGCAUUAAGCAGAGAGAAGGGUAUCAGCUGAGUUUACAAAAAGGGCUUCAAAUUUUACAUAGUUCCAAGUGGUUUCCUUUUAUUUCUGAAUUUUGGAAGAACAAAUAUAUAGUUAGGGGUGACUAAGCUUAGCUGUAAUUUAUUUCUUGUUUUAACAGUAGUCACUAUCAGCCCCCUAUUCACUGUUUACGCCUUGAAACAUUAAGCACAUACACCAUUUGUUUGAGUUUGUGUGGUAUUUUGAUUGAGAAAGUAGGGUAUUUUUAUGCUUGGAGCAUAUUUCAAGGCACCCCUUGAAAUUUGUGUCCUACUUCCUUUUUUCCCAGACCACUGGGGCAUUUUCUUAUCGAACUGGUGAAGUAUCCUCAAGUGCUCGUUCCAUGCUGGGUACAAAUAGCAAAGUUGUCUCCUUGUGAACGCUAUAAAAGGUCUCCACUAUGCUCCUUCAUCCCUAUUGUUUGUGUCAGCGUAUUGUAGCACAGGCACUGCAGGUGCAGAUUAAUUUUCACUACAGGCUGAUAUUAAGGUUACUAGAGUGAAACUGAAGGAGCUGACUCAAUGGUUUGUGAAACAUAUGAUGCUAAUUGUGAAUGUGGGUUGAAUCCAGUUGCUCCUGAACCCUAAUUAGAUGCCCAUAAAUGCAAGUGCAAUGGGUACAAAAUCCUAAAGGCAAUCCUAACCAAGCAGUGGAAGACAUAGCAGUGAAUUGUACUAGACUACUCGGAUUGUUCAUGCAGAUGAGAAGACAAAUCAGUUGGUCCAAACACCAUUGCCCAAAGCCUGAUAAGAGCACACUGUGUCACCUGCCACUGGUACCUGAAAAGGUCUUUAGUGCACAGGCCCAGGAGGCACCAGAUACUAUUGUUGCUGCAUGGAAACCACCAAAAUUGCAGACAAUGUCAAGGUUGGGCAAGCAAGCUCUGGAAGUGAACAGAUGCUCAUAUUCUGAAUUAAGACCUGCCUACCUAUUGGCCUGAUGUUGUCAGCGAGUGCACACGCUACACAUCUUGUAGCAGUCCUGUACCAUGGUAAAUUUGGCAUGAAGGUAGAUCAGCUAAUGUGGAACAUUAUUGUGCAGGGACAAACACUUUGGGCCAGGAUGCUUUGGUGCAUGACUGACCAAACCUAGCAUACUGCAAUGCAGGUCAAGAGCACCUUCUUUUAUUAAAUGCAGUCUGACGCUCAUUAUGGCUGCUUCCUAGGCAGCACUAAUAUUAGUGUUACUUGCAGACAUUUGUGAAGCAGAGAUAUCAAUCUCUACUGUCUGCUUUUGCCAGAUUUUAUAGAAUUAAUUUAAUGAUGCAGCCCAUGUGCUCUGUAGUAAGUGAGUGAUUCUCAUGCUCCAAAGACAGCAGUAUCAGAAUGUUGCGUGACUGUUAUCUUCAAUAGCUACCAGUAUUAGCACUCUGAUCAUUUCUGUCUUCAAUGGAGAACAGUAUCAACAUUUGCAAUUAUUAUAAUUCUCAGUUAAGACUGUGUCAGAAAGGAAGUACAGUGGAAGGUUAUAACCGUGGUUCUAUGACUGGGUGGACACCUGGAUCACAGAGAAUGGCCAGAGGUUAGACGUGACAUACCUUUGACAGACCUUUUAUAAGCUACCCAAGUGGGGUCAUGGGGUGAUGGCUUUGCUAUUUGUACUCACCAAGGAAACCAGCAAAUGGGAAUGCCUCACUAAACAUUCCAGCCCUAGUGGUAUUCUACUCAUUCAUUGAACCAUGAAGGUAUAACGUAACCUCCUGGUUUAUUAUGUUAUUGUGAUAACAGUAGCACAAUAUUGACAAUGAAACGAUUUUAGAUUUCCUUUCCAUGAUAUACCGUCAGACUAUUAUACCGAUAUCCCCCCAACCCUUCACUCCAAAUACCAAAGCUCUUGUUUUGGAGGUUUUCUCACUCCAUCCCUGUUUUCCCUCUACAGUUUCCUUUUUCCUAAGCAUGCUUUCCCUUCCAUACAGUGAAGACACAAAUAAGCCUGGAAGUCCACCACUGCUAUCAAAUAAAGGGCAAAGAUAUGCUUUCACCACACGUCAGCACCACUGCUUAACACGUUUGGUAGUACUUGAAAGUGUCGGCACUUCAAUGUGUCCCUUGUGAUAUGACUAAUGCUGUACUAUGUGUGCGCAUGUGUGCGUGUAUUCAAUAAAAAGUAAGAAAAAAAAAAAAAAAACAACAACCGACAAGGCUUCUAGAGAAAUCUGUUGUAAAUGAGGAACGUUAUGAGGGCUCAGGUGGAGAUGGAGAGUUCCCAGUUCUACUGUGUACAGUCUCCCUCCAGGUCAGACUCUGAGAAAUGUGGUCUUCAGGAGAGCUGACAGUGGCUGCACUGUACCAGCUGAGGCAUCCGCAGCCUUUUGACUGAAGCAGUUACUCACAUAUGAUAUCUUUUAUCAAAAAUCUUCAGGACUGUGUGAACAUGAACACUGCCGAACAGGUCAUGCUUGUCUCAAACCCCAACAUCUAAUUCCUUGUUUGAAAUUAUACCAUAUCCAAAAAUAUCUGUUCUAAAAGUACAUACAUAUUGGAUUGAUUAUGACUAUCAGUAUUAACAUAAAUAUGUUUGAUAGAAUGAUAUAGGCCAAACAAAAUGCUUAUUUGUUAUAGGUGCUGUUAAUGUAAUUUCCCCCUAAGUGCAUUAAGUGGUCCGAGUGCAAAAUGAUCACAUUGCAAAGCAUGAGAAUUAUAACUGGAAUCACCACCAGGUGUCCCCAAAGGGCCAGAAAUGACUAGCACCUAUUUCUUUUGCUGGAAACUAGGUGGCGUAUUUAGAAGUAGAACAACGGUGUAUUCCAGUAACACAAGCCUCCUGGAUUUACAGUAACUGUGUAUAACUAUUGUUUACUGUCUUAUACAAUACAACAUUUAAAAACUUUCUAGUCUGACAUUUUUCUCUUUUUUUCCAGCAAACCGUUUCAUCGCAACUGGAAAGUAAAGCAGCAUUCUGUGUGAGACGUGCAUAGCAGCAUUGCAAUUAUGAAAACACAUUAAGACAGAGCAGACACCCAGUUAUUACCCCCAAUUUGGCCACCAAUUUUGUGACUCUACAUAUCAACACAAUAAUGAGAUGUGCUUAUUUACCACACACCAUUUAACCAGGCUCUGAAAUUUAGUUCCAGUGUAGAUUCGGGUGUUCCCUUUUGCUGGUGUUUUCCACUGAAUGACAAUUAAAGCAGAAAAAUAAAUCAAAACAGCAUCAUAUACUGCAUAAUACACAUCCACACCAAACCACAAAGACUGCAGUUUGUUAGUUAUUUCUUAGUGGCAAAAACUUAAAAAAUAUUAUUUACAGGAGCAGCGCACACAACAAGCUACAUUACAGAACUGAAUUAAAGACAGAGCUCUCAACCUUUUAAAAAACAAACAUACAAAAGCGAAAUCAAGAGAAUGUUAUUUCUACACGGUUUUAAUUAACUACUGAUGACCACCAGCCAUCCUUUUAAUAAAAUAAAUAUUUUUCUUGUGAGAAUUAUUUUCAAAUCACGUUGUUGAUAAGCAUACCAUGGUGAAAACGAAGGUUAAUGAUUCAUUCCUAUAAUUUUGGAAUUCUGAAUAAUCUAAUACACGACAAACUAUCACAACCUCUGAAAUAUCUUUUAAUGUCCCUCCAAGGCAAAACUAAAUUGCAGACAUUUUGUUGUUUGCAUCACAUUUUCCUCCCAGCAGCCUAGUAGAUUAUUAUUAGCUACAGAGCCAAGCAAGCAAAAUGACUGUAGGAGGAGAAGAUUCAAAGAUUUAAGAGUGUUGCGGAACAUUUUAUUUAUUUUCCAGUUAGCUACAUAGCUACCAAAAUGUGAGCCAAUCAACCUGCCCUUGCUGUUGAAUUUGUACCCAAUGUUACCAAGUUGUUUUAGCUAGCUAACUAAUGUUAACCAGUUAGUUAUACGUCAGUGUUAAUCAUUUAUUGUUUUUUUUUUUUUAGGUAGCUAGUUAGUGUGAUAUUUGUGACUUGUACUUCUGUUUGUUAUUUUUGCUUAUCA